GGAAGCCUUUUGAGGUAACAAGAAGCGCUUUCAAGGCUUUCGGCGCACGCCCAAGUCGGUGUCUCAUAGCCCUGCUGGUAUCAGCCCAAGACAGUGCGCUGUCCCUUGGGGGCAGCUCAAGACCGUGGUUCUGCGAGAUUUCUUUGACUGCGAUCUAAUGCGAAUUUGAAACCUGCUUUGGGUCCACGACGACCCUUCGCGCCUCGAUGCUGACGUUACAAUCGCUUCCGCGCCUUGUUUCUUCCUUUCUCGAGGGCUUCAGGUUUCCCUCCCUGACAUCUCUCAAUAUUUCGAUCCCUGAUGCGGAAAAUGCACGACCAUUCCCAAUCAAUUCCCUGAUACUUCUACUUCAACGUUCACAGUGUGAGCUUCAGCACCUCGUACUGAAGCAGGUGCCUAUCCCGCGCGAGUCCAUGAUGAACAUUCUCAGAGCUACCCCGACUUUGGUAUCGUUGGUCAUUCAUGAACCGGCUUCUUACACGCAUUGCAUCACGGAUGCAUUUAGUCGAUAUCUUAUGGAGUGCAGUGUGCUGCCAAAGCUCGAGCACGUGGAGUUGGUGUGGAGUUAUGAUGCAUCUGAAGGAUGUAUCAUCGACAUGAUCGAAUCGCGUGUUGUGAAAACAGUUGCGUACGGGGGCGUCCUAGGAAGGAUUGUGCUGGGUCGUCGCAAAGGCCUUGAGUUGGAAAGGUCAACCAUAGAGCGAGUGAAUAGUCUGAGAGGGCGUGGGUUUCACAUUUUGCUAUGGCAAGUGUUGGGGUUUUGCUGGAAAGUUCUAGAAAGGGCAAUCCGGCAUCAUGCCGAGAGUUGAUGAGUAAGCUCGAGAGAAAGAGAAAGUUGUAGUAAAUUCUAGAUAUAAGUCUGGAGAGUAUAAAUACAAGCUCUGUAGGAGCUGUAGAAUAAGGAGUUCAUACCUUCUGGCCUUACCAGCCUGGAGUCUACCCUGUGCAUCACCGAGGAUUUCCAACAGUAA